AUGGCCUGCUGUCAAACUAGCUUCUGUGGAUUUCCCAGCUGCUCCUGUGGGACCUGUGGCCCCAGCUGCUGCCAGCCGACCUGCUGCCAGACCAGCUGCUGCCAGCCAACCUGCUGCCAGACCAGCUGCUGUGGGACCGGCUGUGGCACUGGCUGUGGCCAGGAUUGUGGCUGUGGAGGUGUGAGCUGCCGCACCAGGUGGUGCCGCCCUGACUGCCGCGUGGAGGACACCUGCCUGCCCCCCUGCUGUGUGGUGAGCUGCACACCCCCAACCUGCUGCCAGCUGCACCAUGCCCAGGCCGCCUGCUGCCGCCCAUCCUACUGUGGACAGUCCUGCUGCCGCCCAGCCUGCUGCUGCUACUGCUGUGAGCCCACCUGCUAAAAGGAAGGUUGCUGAUUACCUAAGAAUGAAAGGAGCAACUCAGGAAAACUGCCUUGAUCUCUAAAGAAGUGUUCAACUUUACUUGGAUGCUAUGUAUCGAGAUGUUUCUAAGCCGCUCAGAAAUCACAAGUCUUAGGCCCCUCUUGAGUGUGCUGAAUUUUCCCACUGAAAACAUGUAUUAACCAGUGUCAGAUCAAUGACAGCUCUGUCCUCCUCCCUAUUUCGUGAUCCCCACACAUUUUCA